AUUUUGAAGCACAUGAGCGGAAGCAGUUCGCUUCCUGUGGGCGGGAGACUGGCAUUUUGACAGUAGGACUACAAGCGGAUCCCAAGCUCCGCAUUCUUGUGAGUUUUGACAGUCAGUCACCGUGCGCAACGUCCCUGAAACAGUAUGGCGUCUGACGAGCUCGCGAAAAAGCUACAGUCGCGACUGGCCGCAUCGGAGGAGGCCGAGCCGAGGCCAGAGUCCGAGGAGAACCUCGUCACGGCCAAACCUCAAGACUCUGAGGCAGCUUGUGACGACUGUUCGUCCGAGCUGUCUGCAAAACUCCACCGACGGCUGGACAUAAACGAGGGCAACGCUCCCCCUCGGGCUAGCCGCGUCUUCAACCCCUACACGGAAUUCAAGGAGUUCUCCCGAAAGCAGAUUAAGGACAUGGAGGUGAUGUUUAAACGAUAUGACACUGGUAAAGAUGGCUUCAUUGACCUAAUGGAGCUCAAACUGAUGAUGGAGAAGCUGGGUGCUCCACAGACCCACCUGGGGCUCAAGAACAUGAUCAAGGAGGUGGAUGAGGACUUUGAUGGAAAACUGAGCUUUCGAGAGUUUUUGUUAAUCUUCCGAAGAGCAGCAGCUGGGGAGCUGCAAGAAGAGAGUGGUCUUCUGGCACUGGCCAGACUGUCUGAGAUCAACGUCUCCACUGAGGGAGUGAGUGGGGCAAAAGACUUUUUUGAAGCGAAGAUGCAGGCUCUGUCUGUGGGCAGCAAGUUUGAGGCUGAGAUCCGAGAGGAGAAGGAAGAACGCAAGAAACAGGAAGUGGAGAAAAAAGAGAGGCAAGCCGCCUUCAAACAGCUGCAGUCUGCUUUCUGCUCAUGACGCUAAACAGGAAGUGGACGGAAAUCCUGAAAAUGCAUAUCCAAUAUUCGUCAGAUUUUAAAAGUACAUUCACAUUACUUACAUUCUUAAACAGUAAAACUCAAAAUUUGGCACUUUAUAACAAAGUUAAACACUCACUUAAAUAGAUGAGCAAUGUUCUGAUUAGUUAUUUAAUAACGCAAACUUGGGUCAAUGGAAAUACAUCAAAUAAGAAAACAAAUGGGGACCAGUCCAAAUGUGUGUGUGCGUGAGUCUGCCAUUGUAUUGCAUUUCCACCCUAAAGUUAAAAUAUUGAUUUUGUUCUGUAUUCCGUAAACACUGUGCAGAAUAUGUUGUCUUGCAUCCCCUCAUUGGCUUCAACGUACUCUUGUCUGUAUUGGGUCUAUGAAGUGUGAUGUUCCAGUAGGGUCAUGUUCUUUCAUCCUGACAUUAUUUGUAAUACUGUUCAAAUGUUUAUAUUUGAGAGAGAUGUUCAGUGUGUGUUUGUGUAAAUAAUAUAUUUCAAAACAUAAUUGCUUGACAAUAUUGACUCACUAGGCUGGAAGGAAAAAUAAGCCGCAUACAUUGUCAGAGCUUGCGUGGAGUCUUGGGUCUAACAUGAUCCAUUUCUUUAAUAUCAUCACCUUCAUAAAAAAAACAAAAACAACAAAAAACAAAGGCGAGUCAUUUUUUGACAGAAAAAAAAAAAAGUAUAUUUUUUGCUUAAAUUGUCUCAUGAUACUGGCCACAUCUCCUAAAAUUGCUGACAUCCUCAGUUGAACUACUCAGGCAAUUUCACCCUUGAAAUUAAAUUAUUAAUAAAGAUAUUCAGUAGUUUGUUCAGUUUUUUUGUUUUAUGGGAAAAAAAAUGACACCAUUAUUUUAGCGUGGUGAAGAUGUACAAAAACAGCCUGAAGCAGCUGUGAACAAUUCAAAUUGAACUGUUUGACUAAUGAAAGAACAUUUGUUUUGUACUACCCACCAUUAACAUUGAAAUUCAGAGUUGCUUUCUUUACAUGAAAAUUACAGCAUUUCUUUUUUUUUUUUUUUUUUUUUUUGGACGGUGACAUGACAGGCAAGAUGUACCAAUGUUUGUUUGGAGGUGGAAUCAGGAGGGAGUUGUCCUAUCUUAACAUCCAAACUGGAAGCACAGACAAUCUUGCGCUUGAAAAUUCAGCUCAAGAUUUUUUUACACAAUUGGCACCUUGUAUGUCUGAUUAAAUUAGACUGAGUACAUAUGAGGACUAAAACGCAUCACAGUUCAAUCAUUACUGCCUGCGUGGCCUCUGUCGCCGGUGUCUGCUAAGCUGGGUGGCUCCACUCUGAAUAAAACUGAUUGCCAUUGAUGCUCAUCACUGCAUCGUGUUCACGAAAGAAAAUAUUUGUAAAAGUUUGAGAUAAAUCAUUUAUCAGAGUGCAUGUUAACUCCAGAAUAAUUUGUCCAAACCCUUGCAAUGGGAUAGUUUUUUUUAUUUUUUACAUUUUUUUUUUUUCCUUUUCUUCCUUCCAAUAUAUUUACAUUCAAGAAUUGAUCAACCUUUCUGGCAUGUACAACUAUUUUUUUCAGUCUAGUUGUCAUGACCCCUGUUAAAUUUGCAUUGAUUUUGAGCAGUGGUGCAAGUCAGGGCCAGCCAGGCCUUCUCCGCUGGCCUCAACACCAUCAGAAUCACAUUUCUAACCUAAGUUCUAGUAUUUUAUUUUCCAUUAAAUUGUAUUGAUGUAUUUCUUUUGGCUGCACUGCUUCCAGAAUGUUUAUGGAGAUGUUAGAUUUUUUUGCCCAAUCAGAGUUCACCCUUUGUGAGCUGCCAUGUCAAUGUAAUCUGCCCAGGCCCUUCAGAAUCACUUAUACCGGCCAAUGUAACACGAACUAUAUUAUUGGUCUGUUUCAUUAACCAUUCUGGUUUCAAAUUCACAUCCCAAGGCCAGUUAGCUGGCCCAAAAUGACAUUAGCAUUUUUCUGUUUUCUGAUUGGUUGGUCAGCGCAGAACUAUGACAGCCAAGUUUCACUUGCAAAACACGUCUAGCGAUCUGCACACAAUUAUACAUUUGAGUUUUUGUGUCCCCAAUGGCUGAUGGAGGAGGAGAAGAAGAAAUUAAAUGGGUCAAACAGA